AUGGGUUGCAGCAAACCAAAUACAUGCUCUGAUAGCGACGAUGAAACGACUACUGAUAGCGAUGAUGAAACGACUACUGAGGGGGAGUCUGAAAGCGAAGAUGAAUCGACUGAAGGCGAGUCUGAAGGUGAAGACGAGGGGUAUUUAUACUAUCCUAAUGAAGGCGAGGAAUAUUACUAUGGCUGCGACGAUGAGUAUGCAUGCAAUGAUGAAUGCUAUGAGGAGGAGGAUGAUGAUGAGGAAGAUGAGGAAUGUGAUGAGUCGACUGAUGCACCGUGCCGGGGAUGUGCAAUAGAAGAUGCUGCGACAAUACAUGCAAUAAAUGGAGAUGCACAGGAUGGAGAACAGUCUAUACAGACUGUAGAGGGGAUGCAUGUUUGUAUUGGAUAA